GAAAUAUGAAGACUGAAGCAGACGACAUAUCAGUGACCCGUCUAUCUUCCUUUUGCUAUCUGCGGAACUCUGACAAUUGUAUGCUCAUCGCUGGACGAAAUGAUAAGCUGCUACUCGGUAGUGUCGCAUCUGCUUUGGGGGGACUGUGGUCGACGUCGAAGCAACUUCUACAACACCGCAAAAAAAGAGGCAUGGAGGAAGUCGCGUCGUUCUCUAUGUGGAGUCUGUUUCCUAUCGUGAUCCUCUGGAUCCCCGCUGCAGGAGGAAAAUGCACGAGCGGUGACAACGACCCCGUGUGGCUGUGGACGGUGGACGAAUAUCCGCAUCCGAUUCAUCAUCCGCGUUACUGCAACCGAUACGGCCCUUCUUUCGUGUGCGAUCCUGAUAGGAUACUGUGCACGCACGAAGCGGAUGCCCUGGAUCGGCUCAUCGAACGUAUCCGCAACGAGACCGUCUGCAUCUGUCCCAGCUGUGAGACGACGCGGAGACCACAUGGGAUCACUCUGGGUGUCGCCCUCAUGGCGAAUCUCUACAAAUCUAACAACGAGCCCAUAUCGGAGGCGGUGCGCCGGUUUGCCGAGACUCUUCGCAACAAAUGGAGCUUGGGCCACUGCAACGAUGAUAUCAUCUUACUUAUCUCAACAGGAGAUAGCGAAUCGUACACGCUGGUUGGGUCGGCCGUAUCCGGCGUGUUUCCUCAGGAAGUGGCCGACCAAAUCUACCUCGAGAGCCGUGGUCACUUUAUCAACGGGUUCUACUACCAAGGGCUGGAAUCCAUGAUUCAGGCCUACUUCGAAAUGCUGAGGCGUCUUCAGGACCAGGUGAUCCUUAUACGGCAAACGGAAGGCAACGGAAGUCAAGUGGGCCUCAUACUGGGAGCGGUGUUCGGAACUCUGGCCCUGCUGACGGCAGUCGGGGGUGGAGUGUUCUGGUACGGCUCGCGCCACUGCGACUACAACUACCUGGUGGCAUCGUUGGCUGAAUCAACGCGGAAAGGACGUCGGAGAUUAUCAAAUUUACGGCGCAGACGGCCACCAACAAGGACACCCGGCAAGCAACCAAAUGGCAACAGCGCCGUACAGGAAGUCACGUGUCCGUCCACUUCCGUUGCUCUGCAGCCUCCAGAGCCACCAGGCGACCAACACGAAAGCGACGGCGAAUCGGACGGCGAAUCAGAAAGCGGAUCAGCGUCUCAGGACGAAGAGACAGUUGAUGACGAAGAGUACACGUCAGAGGACGGCAGCAGUUCGUCCCCUGCUUCACGAGUGUCACGUGACGCCAACACUGACCUUACCAAGCGAGUGGGAAGUGCACCAGUGCUUACCACGCCAGUAUGACGAAAGUGUGAUGUCAGGAGGCAAUUUUGUGUGACAAUUCGGAGUACUAACCAGAAACGGCAGUUGCUUCCCAUGUUGUGGAGCAUGUGUGAAAUUCUGUCACGGACGCCGCCUCGCGGUCGGUCGCGACACUAAUCACGUGACUUACAUACGACGGAAGCGUUCCUUUUGCCUUUGUCGUUGACAAGUGGUUAUACACGAAUAGGCAAAAGAGGUUAGAGACAGUUGGUGUUUUCUCAAGCCGGUGUAGACGAACGUUAGUGUAAAUAUCGGACAUUUCGUCGUGAGUGUUGAAGUGCCACAAAUCGCAAGCACUACGGAAGUGAGAAUGUCUGCGUAAUGGCGAUUUUCACAUUCUCGCUUCGGUACAGUGUGUCCUUAUGGAUAGGCGAUUAGGUGCAGCAGGACAACUCCCCAGCUGGAAUGCUGUCCGUGGUAUAAAAACUGUGGACAUAUAAGGUCGUUCUAGAUUACCUAAUACACCACGACGGAAAAUCUACUUUUUUCACGUGUCACCGAAAUCUCCCGUUUCCAUAAAACUAUAUCGGCAUUUUCCGUGCCUUCAUCUUCAUGUCUUUAUAUGCAUUCUUAGUUCAAAAAGAACUCAAACAGAAAAAUAAGUAGUGACUGUGACGUCAUUCUGCGCGAUUCUGGAAGUUUGGGUGAGGGGAAACAACUGUGACAAACAAUUGUCCUCUCCUUGUUCGCCGCAGCUCGCAGAGAAGCUGAAUUGUAGAGACACUGCUACGAAAUUUACCGCAUCACUGGUCCGUCUCUUGUAUCUCGUAUCUCCGGGACCGGGUGUCCCAGAAAACGUGUCAUUGAAUUAUAAUAGUAAUAAUAAAAAAAAACUACACCACCUAGAAUUAUGCUGUCAACGGCAAUUGUUCUUACUAGGUUUUUGCCACCUCCUGAUGUGAAUGUCAUGUAACCUAAGUUUAAUUAUGUAAAUGUUUGCGAAUUGAACUCGGAAAUUUGCCAAGUAAAUGUCACUUUUUUACCCCACCAAUGUGAAGAGCGUGCCGAACUUACUCGAAUUAAUCAUAAUUGACAGGGACCGACAUCGGAAAAAAUAGCCGAACAUCAUGCUUCUCGGAGCACCACAAGCAUAGCGCGCGACGACUUUUUGAGCGCAAUCGCAUUUAGGCGGACGAAAGGAGGUUUGAGACCCAGCCAACAGAGUGAUAGUAGAAAAAGUGACUAGUGUCAGUUGAAAUUGGGAAAGGGAAGGAAUGAUCCCAGCGGAAGCCAGAUGUGAUCAGCCAUGCCUGUGUUAUCUCUUUCUACUAUCCCGGUGUGGCACGGGUUUUCAAACUCCUUUCGUCGGACUGACAACGAUUGCGCAGAAAAGUUCGUCGCGCGCUAUGCUCCGGGUGCUAACUAUAAAGCAUGCUGUUCGUCUAUUUUUUCCGAUGGUAUAGCUCCUCAAUAUCCCUGUUGAUUAUCAUGAAUUCGAGUAAAUUCGGCACGCUCUUCACAU